AUGAGCGGCCUCGCCGAUCCUCCCUCCUCUCGGAACGCUUUCGCCGGGCCUGCAGAUGCCCCCGGUAAGACUCGAAACCUCCCGGUUCUCCCCUCCUCAGCUCAACACCACGCCGCGAUGGAGAUCACUCCUUCUUCGCCUGCGACCGUCGGCGGCCCUGUUCACAGUAGCCCCGAUGCCGACCGGACCGGCCCACCCAACACCAAUGGCUCCGAAGCCGGUACACCGAGCAAUCCUCCAAACCCGGCCGUUGGAGCUGCAGCUGCAGCUCAGCAGCCCAAGGUCGUGCAGACGGCCUUCAUCCAUAAGCUUUACAAUAUGCUGGAGGACUCUGGUAUCCAACACUUAAUAUCCUGGUCAAGCAGUAAUGACAGCUUCGUCAUGUCCCCUACCUCGGAGUUUUCCAAAGUUCUUGCCCAAUAUUUCAAGCACACCAACAUUUCUUCCUUCGUGCGCCAGCUCAACAUGUACGGGUUUCACAAAGUGAGCGACGUGUUCCAUACCGGUUCGCCAGACUCCGCACUGUGGGAAUUUAAACACGGCAACGGCAACUUCAAACGAGGCGACCUGGUUGGCCUGCGGGAAAUCAAGCGUCGCGCAUCCCGACAUGCGCUGAUCCACCGCGAUUCGUUUCCCAGCCACAAGGCCGCUGCCUCGCAACCAGGCACCCCAGCUGAACCCGUCCCGGAUGCAGCUGAAGCGCGAUUGAUGAACCUCGAACACACGCUUUACGAUAUGCACAAUCGCCUGAUCCGAGCCGAGGAAGGCAAUGUGGCCCUCACCUCCAGAUGCCAAAACAUGGCGGAGGGUCUCUCGAAAUGCUACCAGUGGACGCAUUCGAUCUCGCGCUUUUUGUCAGCAGUUAUACCUGACCGGGAGAGCCCUCUAUAUCGCGAUAUAUCCAACAUGCAACGAGAGGUCGAGAAGCAGAUUGAGGCAGUCUCCCAGGAACCUCUUCUGCCACCGCGCCAACCUUUCUUUGGCAAUAUAGCCCAUGAUGGCGUUCCACCUUUGUCCCCUCGCCAGAUGCCCCAAGACGACGGUCGACGCCAAUCCAUGAUGGACCCUUCUCGAUCAAACAUGAUCCGACCCCCUGUACCUCCACACCUCGCCGUGUCACCCCGCCGCUACGGUUCCAUCGGGGGUGCCAAUGCUUCACCUAAUUAUAACCGCCCCCAGCCUCCAACGGUUGCUGUACAACAACCAACCCCUCACCCUUUAUCAAUCUCAACUCCCCCAGGACCGAACAUGGCCCGCCGCCACACGUUCGCAGACAUCCGACAGCACGACUGGCCUCCUACAGGCACCUCACCCUUCCCACCCGGCAACGCGGGUAAUGGACCGUGGCCAUCUUCUCCCCACAGACCACCAGCGUCGAGCGAUCAGCAAGUCCGGGAUGUACUAGCCCAAUACGACAUGAACGCCCCUCGACGUCUGCAAGCCGAAUCGCGCCAUGCGACACCCCCCCGCAAACGCCGAGCCUUCUCCAUCGAUGCUUAG